AUGGCUUCCGCCUCGCUGGAAGAGGAUUUCCAAAUCAUAUCGUCUCUGCGCUAUGAUCCUGCGCUUCGAAGUUUGAGCACUAAGAAAGCCGCGGACAAAUGUUUUCACCCUUCCAGCACGCCAUACUACCUGCUUCCUUACCAUCAGGCACGGCUUCGUAAUGCGGCAAAAUGCUUCGGUUGGAAGGAGGCUCUGUCAUUUCUACAAAAAGACCUCACCCAACUCUCUGAAUACCUUGAUACUUACAUCUUUGACAAGACGAGACCUUGGCGCAUCCGGAUCGUCAUUGACCGCAGCGGAGCGUGCACUGUUGAGGUCAACCCGACAGCAUCGAUUGACCCGUUGAACAUGCUCAUCCCCAAUCGAGAACAUACACAAUCAAACCUAUGGAGUAUUUAUGUGGAUACGGGGUGUAUAAAUCCAUCCGCGUUCACGAGGCACAAGACUACCGCUCGCGAUUUCUACAAUGCAGCACGGGUCAGAGCGGGGAUCAUGUCCCCGUUAGACCAGGCUGAGGUACUGCUUGUAAACCCCGAGGGUCAAGUUAUGGAAGGGAGCAUCACCACACCCUACUUCCGGCGCAGGCGACCCGUAAGUAAGGGUGAGAGCCUAGAGAGUGAUACAGAGCCAGACUGGGUCACGCCUCCCCUCUCAAGUGGUGGUAAUGCAGGCACAACAAGGCAUUAUGCGUUGGCUGAAGGGUUCUGUGCAGAGCAGAUCAUUGAAGUUGCUGACUUGAUCGAUGGCGAAGAGUGUUGGCUCAGUAACGGUGUCCGGGGCUUCAUCCGUGGUAGAAUUGUCUUAAACAGACCCGAUGAUGGGCAAAAGGUGAUUGAGCAGAAUGGAGAGCUGAUCAUCCCCAAAACCUUACUGACUGUGUUGGAACUUAACAAGCAGUCUCGCCCACAACCACAACGCCACCCCCAGCCCAACUCCCACAAUUCACAUUCCCAUAUAUCCAUCCCAUCCAUCAGUCGAACUUAUCAUAUCAUCUCUCAGAUCAAAUCCACACAUCAACCCGUCCGUCCAUCCCUACCUCAAUCAAUUCGUCUGUAUGCAUCAGCAGCUGCAAGAAUGAAAUUCUUCGAGAAUGUCUCUACAUACGACUACUCCUUCCCAGCCGUGUCGCUGGCUUACUUCCUCCGCUAUCCUAACCCGUACUCUCGCCAUGUUCUAACCACUGAUGUCAUUGACCGUUAUGUCGACCCGGACACGAAACGCCUCCACACCAUUCGUCUGCACCUCAAGAAGUCUAAGGUUCCGUCGGGGAUUCUGAAGUUGCUGCCAAAGGGAAUGGGCGGCUCGGACAGUUCCGGACAGAGCUACAUCCUCGAAACGACCAUCGUUGACGUCAAUGAAGGCUGGAUGAGGACUGAGUCGCGCAACAUGGAGUGGACCGGGAUCCUGAGUGUGGUGGAAAAGCAAUUCUACCAACGUCAGCCGCUGGAGGGGGCUCUCGACCGACUUCAAGGGCUUCACCUUGACGCCAAGUUGAGCGAGCAGACAACAGUUAAGACAACGGUCACGUUCCACUCCCGAUUCGGACAAGGAAAGUUACUUGGCCGGAGACAGGCAGAAGCCGGUGACCAAGUUGUCGAAGUCGAGGAUGAGGCUCCCAAGAGAGGCUUCUUCACGUCGUUAUCCACGGCAGGCAUCCAGCGCACGAUUGAGCUAAUCGGAUUGAAUCGUACCCGGGACGCUAUCCUCAAGAGUAAACAAGGCAUGAAUGUCGUCCUGGAACGUCUGCGCAGCGGUGGUAUUGUGGGUGUCCUCGAGGGCAUGCGCCAGGAUCGGGAAGCCAUUGUCGGGCCGGAGGGUCCGUGGAAGCGCGUUUGGCUCAGAGGUAAUGGGGAAGAUGAUGAACAUUGA